AUGGGUCGCAAUCUCAGGAAACCAUUCACCAGCAUCCCCAAGUUCGCUGCUCCCGACCUCAAGAAACGCUUGGUUGCUGAUUACCUCCAUGAUCACAUGGAAUGCUCCAACUUCAUCUCCGUCCCUCCGUCUGCCACUUCAGAGACCUAUUUGAUCUCGAAGGAGGAGUAUGGCCUGCCGCGUUGGAUGUGGAUUGAGGAAUUUAAGGAGGAUGUCAAGUCCUGGAUAUCGCGACUCAGAGCGAAAGUGAGAUUCGCAAUUGACAAUUACAGGCUGAAGAAGACAUUCGGUCGCGAGAUCACCCGUGUGAACCGUGAAAAGCAAGACGAAACUCUGGAUGUUGCAAGAUACUGCUGGUUGAUUAACACUGGUAGCGAGGUGGGAUAG